AUGCUGUCAGGCGUUCUUUUCUCUUUGGAAUCAACGAAUAUCAAUGUAGCUGAGAAGUCUCAUACGUAUAUUCUACUAGACUAUCUCAACACCAACUCCGGUGAAGUAAAGCUUGGUCAUUACGCCCUCCGCCUUCUCGAAAAGAAAUCUUCCACUCGGGACCUGAGUACUCUUCUAGCUGCAUGCACUGUUAUGAGUUAUAAAGUAGCCGCGGCGGAGACUAACGGGACACAGACUCUGGGUGUUUUCCAUGUCAAACCAUAUAUCCGCCACGUUACGCACGUGUAUUACUCUGGUAAAGUUGGAAACAACAUCACUUUGAAUACGGGAUCCUUCUCUACAGGGUUCGAGAAGAAAAACGAGUUCCCGUUACGUUCUGGGGCAACUCUGGGGCGGAGGCGCAGGGUAGAAUGUUCCGUGGUUCGUAGCACUCGGAAGCUGCGGGGUGACCAGCAUCUAGCAAGAUGGGGGCCAGCUUUGCUUGGCGUGAUAUCAGAAUACCUAGAGGCCAAUUACGUCAAGCCGUUUAAAGAAUCAGAUCCAGGUGAAUUCGAUGGCACGAAGAGAGAGGUUCUUCUGUGUUAUGCCUACACUUGGAAACUUUGUUUCAUCGAUCCUAGCUUCGACGUGACCGUGUCCGAGGAUAUACGAGCUGGUGGAAAGCUAGAAAGCGAGAUAUGUUUAAGCGCGCCAGGCCGCUGGCCGCUGGCCUUGGAUCGACAGAUAGAGAUACGUGUAGAUGCUUUGUAG